GCUUAGAGGAACACGUGCGGCGUGUGGGUUAAGAACCUAACCUCGAUUCUGCCUCGAUAAUUAGCGAGCAAGGAGGAAGCUUGGUAAAAGUUAUAUUUUGAGCAAUAUUAUGCAUUUAACAAAUUUCUAAUAAAGAUGGAAGCGAAUAUCAUAUCUUGUACCACAUGGGUGAAAAAAGGCGUUGCCGCGGCCGUUCCGGAGAGGGUUGAAUUAAGGCCCGAUGAGCUCGAGAAGAUUAUAAAGGAGACGCAAGCCACUUUGGAAAAUAUUGACGAUUCUGACGAAGAUGCAGCUGCCUCCAAAGCACAGUCUAAUACAGAAAGUAAAGGAGAAUGUUCAACAGCUGAUGAAUAUAACUUUAAAACUUAUGAUAAUGAAUCUGGCAAUAUGUAUUGUCACAUCAGUAAUUUAGCUACUUUUGCCGGAGAUGGCAAAGAUCCUCUUGUAACAAAUGAUGAAGAAGAUUCGGAUAAAGAGGACGACAUUAUCAAGGCUGAUGAUAAUUUGGUGUUGUUUGGGCACGUUGCGGGAGACGCUAGCAUCUUGGAAGUAUUUGUAUACAAUGAAAGAGAAGGAUCUUUUUACUGUCAUCAUGAUAUAUUGUUACCUUCGUUUCCAUUAUGCAUAGAAUGGCUUAACUAUGAUCCUACCAAUCCAAAACCAAGUAAUUUAUGCGCUAUCGGUAAUAUGACUCCCAUAAUUGAAGUAUGGGAUUUGGACUUAAUAGAUUGCUUAGAACCAGCCUACAAGUUGGGUCGUAAACCAAGUAAAAAGAAGAAUCAAAAACGCAUCGGUCACAAAGAUGCAGUUUUAGAUGUGGCGUGGAAUCAUAAUUAUACACAUGUUCUAGCUAGCGGUUCGGUCGAUCGGACAGUCUUAUUAUGGGACUUGGAAAAUGGUAAACCUGUGAACAAACUGGGUCCGUUCGGUGAGAAAGUGCAAGCUCUAAAAUGGCAUCCACAAGAAACCCAUCAGUUAUUGAUAGGUUGUGCAGACAGAUUAGUAAGAUUAUUCGACUGCAUGAACGAGGAACUUGUUACAAGCUGGAAGGCAUCGGGAGAAGUGGAAAGAGUGUUAUGGAAUCAUUAUGACGAUAAUUACUGUAUUGCUAGCACGGAUAAUGGUUACAUAGAAUACUUUGAUGUGAGAAAACGGAAACCAUUAUGGCAAAUUAAGGCCCAUGAAAAAGAAGUUACAGGUCUUUCUCUUAGCACAUCGUGCCGAGGCCUGUUAGUCUCUUGUUCGAACGAUGGUGUAAUAAAAAUGUGGGAUAUAGAUCAAAAAGAUCCUACUCUUAUAUGGGAACAAACGAAUAAUCUGGGCGCUAUACAAUGUCUCGCGGCGAACCCAGAUAAUGGAUUUGUAUUUACUGUUGGCGGAGAUAAUAAAGAGCACAAUUUCAAAGUGCUGGAUCUCAUGGAGAUAUCUACGGUACGAGAGAGAUUUGUGAACCGCGUCGCGUCGAAAAAUUCUGUGAAACUUGAACGAGAAGAGGCGAUGGACGUCACCGAAGAUAUGGAAAAUAUGGAAAUCGAAAAUUCGGAAUCGUCGAACAAAAAAAGAAAAUUGAAGAAUGUACAGUAUAAAGAUUGAUUACAAUCUUAAUUAUAUUACAUUAAA